ACAAAAUAAAUACAUGAAGUCGUCCCAAGUCAACUUUACGCGUUGGAAACUUCUAAUGGGUCCCCCGUUUCUUCCCAACACAUUUGACCCAAACCCACACCCACACCCACACCACUUCCUCGGCGGCGACUUUGUAGUUUUGAUCACAUAUAUACAGAUACAGAUACAGACGCAGACCUUGAUUUAGAUACAGACUGAGUUAACGACUUUUAGAGAGAGAAAAUGAAUGAAAGGCUGUCAGAGGCAGCUCAAAAAGGAAGUGUAGAUUCACUACUCCAACUCCUACAAGAAGAUCCUCUGAUCUUAGACAGAACCAUUGUCUCAUGCAUAUCAGAAACGCCUCUACACACAUCGGCCAUGCUGGGCCACACGGCCUUCGUCAGGGAAGUACUGGGUCGAAAGCCCGGGUUCGCCUCCGAGUUGGACUCACAGGGUUGUUCACCACUCCACUUGGCAGCAGCAAAGUGCCACCUUGAAAUCGUCCAUGAGUUACUCCUCGCAGCUCCUGAGAUGGGUACGGUGAGGAAUUUCGAUGGAAGAACAGCUCUGCAUGUGGCGGCCAUCAAGGGAAGAGUUGGGGUGGUCACCGAGUUGGUCCGAGUGAAGCCUGAGUUAACUCGGGUGUUGACUGACCGAGGCGAGACGGUUUUGCACCUAUGUGUGAAGCAUAAUAGGUUGGAGGUAUUGAAGUUGUUGGAGGAACCGAUGAAGAGAAAUAGUGAGUUGGUGAAUUGGAAAGAUUGCGAUGGCAACAAUGUCUUGCAUAUUGCUGUGGCCAAGAAGCAAAUUGAGAUUAUAAAGUUUUUGCUUACUAUUAAUGGACUGGAAGUGAAUGCGCUUAAUGCAAAUGGGUUUACAGUUUUGGAUAGUCUAAUACAAAGUCCAAGAGAUUUGAAAGAUAUGGAAAUCGAAGAUUCAAUUCGGGCUGCUGGAGGUUUAAGUGUAAAGGAAUUGCAUUUGAUCACAAGUGACUGGGCUCCGGCAAAAGUUCCUCAGAUCAACGAACGGCUUUCCUCAACAGAGAGCAGAUCAAAGAAGCCAGCAGUGAAGCAUCAGGGUAUAGAUUGGCUUGGUAGACAGCGAAGCGCAUUGAUGGUGGUCGCUUCUUUGAUUGCUACUGUGGCCUUUCAAGCUGGAUUAACCCCACCAGGAGGUGUUUGGCAAGAUGACUAUCAGGUAGACUCCAAUGGCAACCCAGUGAGUGAUCCUCACACGGUUGGGACAUCAGUGUUGGCAUAUAAAGGGCCGUUUGAGUAUGGUUUGUUCAUGAUUUUCAACACACUCGCUUUCCUUUCAUCUUUAAGCAUAAUCCUCCUGGCUGUUAGUGGGCUACCAAUGAAACGACGGAGAUGGAUGUGGGUUCAAAUGGUAAUAAUGUGGAUUGCAAUCAGUGCACAAGUGGUGACUUAUUUUCUCACACUUCGACGUAUGUCACCACGUAAUUUUGAAGUCCAGGCCACGCUACGAGAUGUAACUCAGAUAUCAGUCUUGACAUGGUUGUCACUCAUGGCUGUCGUCUUCAUAGGAAACAUUGUUCGUAUGAAUAUAUGGAUUCUGAGGAAGUAUGGCUACAUUAAACAAAAAGAAAGCCAUCCUUCAGCUGCAAUUGAUGACGAUCAAGAAGAAUUCUGAUAUGAGCAAAAGGAGCACCAUUCCUCUGUUAUACAGGUAGUUAUCAGUAUUCUUUUGUGUUUUGUGUUUGUUAAAAUAUGUUAAGCAUUGUAAUAUUCUUCAAAUGUGUAGAUUUCUGGACUUUUUUCUUAUAUAUUUUUGAUGGUGGGGUGCUAAAUGCAACCCAAAUUGUCAUAGUAAUGGUUUAGAAAGUGUAGUUGUGGAUCAGAAUGAGUUCUAGAUAAACAUGCUAUUUCAUUGCUUCACAAAUAGCAGAAUUCAGCUAUUGGAUUUUCCCUAAUUAUUCUUUGUUCUUGGUUAAGUUAGAAUG